GCGGAGUGGGAGGGAGGAAAGCAGCGCGAGCGGCUUCCUCUUGUCGUGCACCUUGCAUGGGAAGGGUACGUCGCCGUCGAGACCUUUCUUGAUGGAUAGAACUAAUUCCGACAGAGAUGACAAAUACAAGAAUUACGUGGAUUUUCUUUUAAUGGAAUGAAAUCUACAAAACCCAGGGGAAAUACCGAUCUACACAAGCAUAAAGCUCACGGCCUGAAAAGUCUGCCCUUGCACUUCACUUGGACUCGGAAGCAGCCACCGUCAGAUCGAGGGUCCCAGGAUGGGCUCGAUGGGGACAGAGAGGCGCAAGCAGGCCACCCCUGUCCUGACCCCAGAGGGUAACGUGGUUAUGAGCUUUAGCUUCGAAAGCUACCAACUAGAGGAAGAGGAGUACCAAGCCAAGGAUAUACCUGACAAAGGGGUCCUUACCUUCACAGAGCCAGCCUUUGAAGAGCCUGUGCCAGACGACCGUUACCAUGGGAUAUACUUUGCAAUGCUUCUCGCUGGAGUUGGGUUCCUGCUGCCUUACAAUAGCUUCAUCACUGAUGUAGACUACUUACACUGGAAAUUCCGAGGGACAUCGAUUGUGUUUGACAUGAGUCUGACAUACAUCCUGGUCGCUCUGGUUGCUGUGAUCCUGAACAACGCCCUGGUGGAGAUGCUGAGCCUGCACACCAGGAUCACCGUCGGGUACCUGUUCGCUUUGGGGCCACUGCUGUUUGUGAGUGUUUGCGAUGUCUGGCUGGAACAGUUCACCACCAAGCAGGCCUACGCCGUCAACCUGAUAGCUGUGGGUGUGGUCGCAUUUGGAUGUACAGUUCAGCAGUCAAGUUUCUAUGGUUACACAGGAAUGCUUCCAAAGAGAUACACACAAGGAGUGAUGACUGGAGAGAGCACGGCUGGUGUGAUCAUUUCCCUGAGCCGCAUUUUCACCAAGCUCCUGAUCAAGAAUGAGAAGCAGAACACCAUCAUCUUCUUCUUCUUCUCCAUCAGCAUGGAGCUCAUGUGCUUUGUGCUUCACCUGCUGGUGCGCCGGACGCGCUUCGUGCAGUACUACACCAACCGCGCCCGCCAUGGCCUGGCCGAGGCCAAAGGCCACACUGACUCAGGCACUGGAUACCGGGUCCACCAUGACGUCAUUGCAGAGGAAGAUAAUGGCGCAGUGGGUGUUUCCCCUUCUGAAUUUGGGACUGAAGCGGAGUUUGCCGGCAGCGGCACAUAUGUGAGGUUUGAUGUUCCUAAGCCCAAAAUAAAGAAAAGCUGGCCCAGCAUUAGGGACAUGAUCGUGCACCGCUACGUGGUCUCUCGUGUGAUCUGGACCUACAUGCUCUCCAUUGCGGUCACCUAUUUCAUCACUCUCUGCCUGUUCCCGGGGCUGGAGUCAGAGAUCCACAAUGCCACGUUGGAGGAUUGGCUGCCGAUCCUCAUCAUGGCCAUCUUCAACAUGUCAGACUUUGUCGGCAAAAUCCUGGCUGCUCUGCCCUACGACUGGAAAGGCAGCCGGCUGCUGCUGUGCUCCUGCAUCCGCGUCGUCUUCAUCCCCCUCUUCAUCAUGUGCGUCUACCCCGUGGGGAGGCCCACUCUCAGCCACCCCGCCUGGCCCUGCGUGUUCUCCCUCCUCAUGGGCAUCAGUAAUGGCUAUUUCGGCAGCGUGCCCAUGAUCCUGGCGGCAGGGAAGGUGGUGCCGGAGCAGAGGGAGCUGGCAGGCAACACAAUGACUGUGUCCUACAUGACGGGACUGAUGCUGGGGUCUGCAGUUGCCUACUUCGCCUACAGCAUUAUUGCGAAUGGUGCCAGCCCCCACGCAGACACGCUUCACAACUCUACCUCAGGGUACUGAACAAGGAGGAACACCAGUCAGCGCGCUGUAGUGCCACACCAGUGAAAAAUAUCCGUUACUUGUAAUAUUUUAAAGGUGGCUGCAUUUCGGAGGCAAACAGGUAAUCCAGUGUAUAACCAAAAAAGCUCAACCUCACAGCAGGCUUAUUGGAACAGAUCUAAAUUUUCUCUUCCCCUGUUUGUUUUUAAGCCACAUUGAAAAACGUAGAUGUUUGAGUUUUUGCUGUGUUUUGAUGCCAGAGUUUUACUCUGAUGCCAUUCACCAUAUCUGACAAAGCUAUAUUCCUCCUCACUCCGUCUGUGAGAAGGCCACGCCCCCUGUGCUGUAUCUUGCAACAUCUCCACUUACAUCACUGUGCCAUGUUGCCUUGCUCAUCUCUGUUUCUGAGUUCUUUCUUUUUGCUCAUGGAGAGGAGAUUUUAGUUCCUCCCAUGAUGUUACUUUCCUUUUUACAACUAGAUGUC